AUGGCAGGAGUGGCUGAGAUUCCUGGGGUCUGGGUCACCUCCCUCCGAUCUGGCUCUCCUGGACACGACAUAGUCAAUGGCUUUGGGAUGCUGAAAUGCGAAGCCCAUACCACCCCAGCAGGGACAGCUGGGGCAGGACUGGUUGGAGAAGGCCGUGAAGGUGGCAAAAAGAAGCCCUUGAAACAGCCCAAGAAGCAGGUGAAGGAGAUGGAGGAGGAAGAUAAAGCUUUCAAGCAGAAACAGAAAGAGGAGCUAAAAGCCAAGGCUGCGGGGAAGGGCCUGCUGGCCACAGGUGGAAUUGAGAAAUCUGGCAAAAAGUAA